AUGCGAGCAGCUUCUACAUCUACUGCAUUAAAAGCGAUAAGAUGGACACUUAGGAGGAAACUAGCUGUGGCGGCAGGUUCUGCUGUCGGAAUUGCUAGUGUGGUUGGGGUAGCUCGAUCGGCAGAAUGUAUUGAUGAUUUGAAGCACAUUGGUGCAAUAAGAUUCGGAAGAGCAGCCGGACAUGUUUCUUGCAUCAUAGCAGACUACAAAAUAUUCUUCAAGAGAUUCAAAAAUGAAACUUCAGAAGAAUUUAUGUCGAGUCUAAAAGCCGUACAUUUAAGAAGUGCACAUCGAUUAUUGGAUCUAGCAUGCUCUAAUGGCGGUUUGUUUAUCAAGGUUGGCCAACACAUCGCAACACUUGAAUAUCUUGUGCCACUUGAAUACACGAGGACUCUUUCUGUUUUGUUGAGCCAGGCGCCAAAAUCAUCUUUUGAGGACGUCAAAUUUGUUGUCGAACGUGAGCUUGGUGGCAAUUUAGAAGACCAUUUUACUGAUUUUACAGAAGCACCUAUUGGAGCAGCAAGUUUAGCACAAGUUCAUAUUGCAAAAAGACGGGAUACAGGAGAAUUGGUGGCUUGUAAAGUGCAACAUAAGCGCCUUCAAAAGAAUGCGCGAACUGAUAUUGUAACGAUGGAGUUCCUUGUCAACGUUGCUCAUUUCCUACUGCCAGAAUUCAAGCUGAAAUGGCUUGUCAAAGAAGUAAAGAAGAAUCUGCCAAUUGAAAUGGACUUUCUUAAUGAAGGCAAGAAUGCGGAUGCGGCUCGAGAAAGAUAUGCUAGGCUGAAAUUCUUGAAGAUUCCGAAAAUUCAUUAUGAUCUUUCGACAAAGCAAAUGCUGACAAUGGAGUUUUGUGAGGGACAUCAAAUUAAUGAUCGUGAAUGGCUGGACAAAAUGAAAAUUGAUAAGCAUGAGGUUUGUCGUCGAUUAGGACGAUUGGUCUGUCAAAUGAUUUUCUUGGAUGGAAGAGUACACUGCGAUCCUCACCCAGGAAAUAUUCUCAUCAAUCGUCUACCAAAUGGCAAUACAGAAAUUGUGCUUCUUGAUCAUGGGCUUUAUUUGGAUGUGAACGAUCGGUUUCGAAGGAUUUACUCCGAUUUGUGGAUGGCUCUACUGAACGCGGACACAAUGGAAAUCAAGCGAGUAGCCGAAGAACUUGGCGUUGGCGAAAUGUACGGACUGCUGGCAUGUAUGGUAACGCAAAGAUCGUGGAAAAGUGUGACUCAGGGGAUUCGAAAAUCGAAAAAAGAUGAACAAGAGCGGCAAGAACUUCGGGCCUAUGCGAUAACUUUGAUCCCACAGAUCAGUGAGGUUCUCGCUCGUGUGCCUCGCGAAAUGUUGUUGAUUUUCAAAACUAACGACUUAUUGCGAGGGAUAGAGUACAUUUUGGGAACCGCAAAUAGGGCCGACUCGUUGAUUGAGGUUUCAAAAUUCGUCGUCCGGUCUCAUUAUGACCUCACAUUCAAAGAAGCUCAAUCAUACUUUCAGAAGUUUAUUAACAGAUUUCGUUUCUUUAUAGACAUUUCUCGCAUUUAUUUUUACGAGUAUUAUCUUUUCUUCUCCGACAAAGUGCCUUGCUUGAAAGCU